UCUGGAUGGAAGACUAUAGCAAGCUGCAGAAUGACAGAGUCAUCCAAGACGAUUCCAUGGCGGCGCGAUUCGCCUUGGUCCAUCCCCCGCGUCGCUUGAUGGCCCAUUAGCCACUUAUUUAACGGAUGGUUAUAUCCGGGGCUGCUAUUACAUGACGGUAGCAUUCUGGCUACACCUAAUCUACAAAUCCGCUCGCUACCCGUUGUCUCUGCCCUCAGCUAUCAGCAUCAAGGCGGGCCGAUCGCGAGCCUCGUCUCAGAGUGGGGGAAGACAUGCAUGCCAAUUAUGCCGGCACAUGCAACAUCGACUAAUUAAGGGCUCUUGGAAGCAGGGCACCGGAGAACCAGAAACCGCCGACCAGGGUGCGUAUGCUUGUAUCUGCUUUGGUCUGCUUUGGGCUACUUCCAACGCCGAGUGUCUUGUACCUCACUGUGAUGAGCCGGCUCCAAGUACCUCCUUAUCUGUUACUUUCUUUUUUGCAACGCCCAUUCUUCCAGCAUGUAUCGAUGAGCUGUUGGGAUUUGUGGAACACGCCCAAGCUGCUUCCAUCGUGGUAUCAUCGCUAUCAAGCCACGCCACGGUACGACACGCAAGGCGUCUGCAACCCCCCCGUGCCGUCGCUAUCAGCAGGACGAGGUGUCUUUCAACGUUGAAAUGCACAACGCCAAUCUGGCAGACCCCUCCUCAGCCUGGAUUUGGACCUUUGUCAAUGCAAUUACCGCACGCAAGUGGGAUCGAUCGGCGCCAAUACCCAAGACAGCUAAGCCGAUCUGCACGCAUCUUCCCACCAACUUCGUCCACCCUCGUCCGCCCAGGAUUGAGGGGAUCUUCUUUAUCCCCCGUCCGAUGUUGAGGGAGACAGACUCCCACAUCGUACCUUGCUCACACGGAGCGGCUCCAGUCCAGGUACCGAGCUCAGCCGGGUCUCCAGUGGGAACCCAGCUGUCACUGUGGCUCUGA